AUCUGUCCCCAUUGUCUUUUAUGCUGAGCGUCCGGAGACUUCAAACUACUUUUUGUUAUUGUGUCAAUGUAAUAAUCCCUUCAUGGCAUACAGUCUCUGCUGGACUAAAUAGAGGCCUAGUUUUAUGACUUCUCUAUCUUGGUACCACUAAUAUUCAUUCCCAAAGGAACUUGACACUGCGACCUCACCACGUGAAGCAGCCACGUCUGCAGUCGCGCGUAAAGACCGCGACGUCAACCGCGACACGAGCCGAAAUGGGUGAUGGCGGAGGUGAGCUCGUGCAGGGGGUCAGGUUUGAAUAAACAGCAUUCGAAUUAAGUGUGCAGUGGGUAGAUUUAAGGAUGGUUUAGGUACAGGAGAAGUCGUUUCCUUCACACGCCGAAGCCAUGCGUAAUGGGCGUGACCGCCUGUGGGGAGGAUGCUGCAGCAUGAGGCAGGAUCACACAUGCGACUGAUCCAUCAGAUCAACACAGGUAUGAAGAUCCAGGCCGGGAGCGAGCACAUGGGCUGCAGUAAGGUCGGAGAAAAUCACGAAAACCAGGUCAUUGGUUUGCAAUGUCAGGACGAGGUGGUGCGGGUUUGUCCGGGAAGUCCGUGCAGUCCUCGCCGCGCCAUCGCGGCGCGCCUCUCCUCCGGAUCCGCAGACCAUGAGCCCAGCAGUGGCAGCAACAAUGUCUCUACUGGAACUUUCUACAGCUGUGUCAGUCAAAUCACUAUCGCAGGGUUUGACCUCGGGGGUCAAGUGGCCAUCGGGUUCUCCCACUGGAACAGCCCUUUCCCAGCGAGUGGCCAGAAUCUACCAAGUCCAGACUGCGUUCACUCUGAGUCCUCCGCCGUCCCACCCACCAGUGAGCAUCUUGAGCCUGUGUCCUGCCCGGCAUCGCUAUCAAUCACCCCACUGCCCACCUGCAGUGCCAGCCAGGAGACAAUCCGCGACAGCAGCACUAGUGUGAGUUUAUUUCUACAUGGGUCUGAACCCCAGCAGCAGAGCCUCCACAGACACAGAGUCUCGCUGCAUCCUUCAGCCACUGGCUACCAGGCAGCGGACAGACCUCUCGCCUUCCCCUCUUGUGGGAAGGCAGACAUCAUGGAGGAAUCCUCGGCUGAAGCCCCGGACUCCAGCACUCAAGACGAUGUGCCUCCCCUCGCUGUGAAGGAUGUUAAUGUCCUGCUUGAGAGAGAAAGGUCAGAGGGCACCAGCACCCCAUCCAGAGAUGAUGACUCCACCCUGCUGAACCCGGUCACCCACAGCAGCAUCCUUGAUGACAACACAAAGUCUGAUUCUGGCCUCCCAGAGGGGAGGAGUAAGUCCAGCGGCCUUUGUUUCAGCGAUGGAAAGAGCCUCAUCGACUACAUCCUGGUUUACAGGAAGUCCAGUUCGCAAUCAGAGAAGAGGGAGGUAUUUGAGCGGAACAUCCGAGCAGAGGGCUUACAGAUGGAAAAGGAGGCCUCCUUAACCAACAGCGACGUGAUCUUCCUGAAGCUUCAUGCACCAUGGGAUGUUCUCUGCCAUUAUGCAGAGCUCAUGAACAUUCGCAUGCCUUUUAGGAGGAAAAUCUUUUACAUGCACCGACGGCACAAGUUCAUGAGCAGGAUGGAGAAGCGCAUCAACAAAUUCCGUGGCUGGCUUCCCCGUAAGCCCAUGAAAUUUCACAACAACACUCUGCCUGACCUGGAGGAGAACGAGAGCUUUACCGCCCCUUUCAGUCGAUCAAGGAUACAUCAUUUCAUCAUCCACAACAAAGACACAUUUUUCAACAACGCCACCAGAAGUCGCAUCGUCCACCACAUCCUCCAACGGGUCAAAUAUGAGGAGGGGAAAAAUAAAAUGGGGGUUAAUCGUCUUUUGAGCAAUAAUUCAUAUGAAGCAGCUUUCCCUCUUCAUGAGGGGAGCUAUCAUAGCAAAAACUCCAUCAGAACACAUGGAGCAGAGAACCAUCGGCACCUGCUAUACGAGUGCUGGGCCUGGUGGGGGGUUUGGUACAAGUACCAGCCACUGGACCUCAUCAGGAGGUAUUUUGGGGAGAAGAUCGGUCUGUACUUCGCCUGGCUUGGCUGGUACACAGGGAUGCUAUUUCCUGCAGCUCUGGUCGGCCUCCUGGUAUUCCUGUACGGCAUCUUCACUCUGGAGCAGUGCCAGGUCAGUAAAGAAAUCUGCCAGGCCACUGACAUCAUCAUGUGCCCCAUCUGUGACCAGUACUGCCCCUACUUGAAACUGUCAGACAGCUGCAUCUACGCCAAGGUCACUCAUCUCUUUGACAAUGGGGCGACUGUUUUCUUUGCUGUGUUCAUGGCUGUUUGGGCUACAGUCUUCCUGGAGUUCUGGAAAAGGCGCAGAGCCGUCCUCGCCUACGACUGGGACCUCAUUGACUGGGAGGAAGAAGAGGAUGAAAUACGCCCCCAGUUUGAGGCCAAAUAUUCAAAGAAAGAGAGGAUGAAUCCCAUAUCAGGAAAGCCUGAGCCAUACCAGGCCUUCACUGACAAAUACAGUCGCCUCAUCGUCUCAGCAUCUGGGAUAUUCUUCAUGAUAUUGGUGGUGAUCGCCGCUGUGUUUGGCAUUGUCAUUUACCGUGUGAUCACCGUCAGCACCUUUGCCGCCUUUGGCUGGGCUCUCAUCAGGAACAACUCUCAGGUGGCAACUACGGGCACGGCAGUCUGUAUCAACUUCUGCGUGAUCAUGCUCCUCAACGUGCUCUAUGAAAAAGUUGCUCUCUUGCUCACCAAUUUAGAGCAGCCAAGGACAGAGUUGGAGUGGGAGAACAGCUUCACCUUCAAGAUGUUCCUUUUUCAGUUUGUCAACCUCAACAGUUCAACUUUCUACAUCGCCUUUUUUUUGGGGAGAUUUACAGGCCGGCCUGGUGCAUAUCUACGCCUCAUCAACCGCUGGAAACUGGAAGAAUGCCACCCCAGUGGCUGUCUCAUUGACCUCUGCAUGCAGAUGGGGAUCAUCAUGGUGCUAAAACAGACCUGGAACAACUUCAUGGAGCUUGGCUACCCACUGAUCCAGAACUGGUGGACACGGCGGCGGCUGAGGAGAGAGCACGGACAGAAAGCUAAAGCUAGCUUCCCACAGUGGGAGAGGGAUUACAACCUACAGCCAAUGAAUGCCUACGGACUCUUUGAUGAAUACUUGGAAAUGAUUUUACAGUUUGGCUUCACCACCAUCUUUGUGGCAGCCUUCCCUCUGGCCCCUCUCUUAGCGCUGCUCAACAACAUCAUUGAGAUCCGUUUAGACGCCUACAAGUUUGUCACACAGUGGCGCCGACCUCUGCCCUCACAAGCCAAAGACAUAGGGAUCUGGUAUGGCAUUCUGGAGGGGAUCGGCAUCUUGUCCGUCAUCACCAACGCCUUUGUCAUCGCUGUUACCUCAGACUUCAUCCCUCGCCUUGUUUACGCCUACAAGUAUGGGCCUUGUGCUGGUCAGGGUCGAGCAGGGGAGGGGUGUAUGAUGGGUUAUGUCAAUGCCAGUCUCUCAGUUUUUCGCGUGUCUGACUUUGAGAAGACAUCACAGCCGAAGACAAAUGGCUCUGAGCUGUUUGGAGAAGAUGUGAAGUAUUGCAGAUAUCGUGACUACAGGGAGCCUCCAGACUCUGCUGAGCCGUACUCAUACACUCUGCAGUUCUGGCAUGUCCUGGCAGCCCGGCUGGCAUUCAUCAUUGUUUUUGAGCACAUGGUCUUUGCCAUCAAGACUCUGAUCGCGUACCUGAUCCCCGACCUUCCCAAGGACCUACGGGACCGAAUGCGCAGAGAGAAAUACCUGAUCCAGGAGAUGAUGUAUGAGGCCGAGCUGGAGAGACUGCAGAAGGAGAAAAACGAGAAGAAGAAGAAAGAUGGGGCCCAUCACAAGGAAUGGCCCUGAACGCACCGACUGGUUGUCAGCUGGUGUUUGCUUUUCAGUGCCCAGUAGAGGGGGCAGAGGAGCGCUGGGUUUCCUGCAUGAUACUGGACCCUCAUACCUUCCGCCUGCCAUGUCAGACCAGCACCUCCUAGUGGACAGUUGAUGAACUGCAUCCAGCAGGGUCACACGGUGACCAUGGAGCCCUGGUGUCUGCACACAUAACAGAGGUCCUCUUGAACAUUUGGCUGCAGGUUUUGCUACCUUUUAUUUUCUCCAGAUAGUUUCUACCACACUGGACUCUCAGCAGCGUAUGUCUUCAGAUACUGAAUGUAGCUUCAAGCAAGACUAAACUUUUACAGAUUUUAGAUGAGAGGAAAUAACUCUCCCGAGCUUACUGAAUGACACACCCUGUUUACAUUUCUCCUUAUUUUAGGAGUUCACAUUUUGCUUGUAAAUAAAGAUAUUUAAAUGAAUGUCAGGCUAUCUGCUCUGCUAUAGUGUAGUGCAUUAAAAAGGUACACUGUGGUAGUGUCCACAGUUUGCUUAAAUUGGAAAUGCUUUCCAUUUGAAUUUAGAUUGAUAACUGCAGUAAUAAACAUUAUUUAUUGUAAAGAGA